AUGCUAGAGGACCUGGAACUUGGGACGGAUUUGAUCUGCGUCCUUGACGGACUAGAUGAAUGCGCCGAUGAUUCUCUUGCGAAUCUACUUCAGAAGAUUAGAUCGCCCUUCACAGAGAGCGUAGAAAAGCAUAGACUAAGUCUCAUCAUUCUUAGUCGGAGAUACCCCGACUGUCUCGAGAGAAUGCUGGGCUCAUUCGCGCGGAUCCACCUAGACUCAGAUCAGGUCAGCAAUCAGCCUGACAUAAAUUCUUACAUCACCUCUCGGGUUGCGCAACUGGCCGAGCGAAAAGGUAUUUCUACGAGCCUUGUUAAGCACAUCGAAGAGACAUUUCGGGAGAAAUCGCAAAAUACAUCCCUCUGGGUCAGCUUCAUGGCUGAUGACCUUGAGAAGCAAACAGUACCCGGGAUCGAAAAGGCUUAUGAGCGAAUAUUGCUGAGUAUAAAGCCAGACAACAUUUCCAUCAUCGCAAAUGCUGAAAUGGAUUUCGCUAGCUAUGUUUCCACUAACAGUGCCUCAGCUAGCUGA